AUGCAGCCUGGGAUUUUUAAUCCUAUACUAUACGGCAACUGUCUAUUCCAGCAGUUUGCCGUCGACACCUACGUUAAGAUUGAAAGCUCGCGUCUAGACUACAUCCGCAACAAUCAGGACAUUCUUAGGGCUGACCUGUACCAAGGUUUGGUUGACAGCUGGCGUAUGGGGGUGGAAGACGCUGAUGAGGUUGGUAAGCGUACUGUGCUGUCGCCAACUUUCAUCGGAGGGCCCCGCAAUAUUAGGCGUCGGUACAUGGAUGCGAUGGCUUUGAGUCCACAGGACCGUCCAGAUCUUGUAACUCGAGUGUUCAGGGCAAAGUUAGAGGAGCUCAAGAAGAUGUUGAUGGAAAAAGAUAUACUUGGAAAGAGGAAGUACAAGAUCACGUGUCCAGAACAGUAUGACUUGCUUAUCUCUGCUGAGCUACCAAACAAGAAGAAGUACCCUGACCUCUACAGGAUGGUGACGAAGCAUAUGAUGCAUGGCCCAUGCAGGACGCUAAAUCCAUUAUGUCCAUGCACAAGGGGACGUACUUCAUGCAAGAACCGUUACCCGCGGCCAUUCUGCGAUUCAACGUCGCAAGGUAAGGAUUCGUACCCCAUCUAUUGGCGACGCGAUGAUGGUCGUAAGGAAAUAAUUAGAGGUCACAUCCUGGACAAUCAGUGGGUCGUCCCAUACAACCCAUGCCUGCUACGUACUUUCAAUUGCCACAUCAAUGUUGAGGCAUGUAGUAGCAUUAAGUCCGUGAAAUACCUAUUCAAAUACAUAUACAAGGGCCAUGACAGAGCGUCUGUGGCUAUUAGGGAGGCUGGAAAAAAAGAUGACAAGGGGAACGUUGAUGAGAUCACGCAGUACAGAGAGGCUCGGUGGGUGACACCUCCAAAAGCGAUGUGGAGGAUAUACGGCUUUGACUUGAGCAAGAACCAUCCACCAGUGCAGCAGCUGCAGCUUCAUCUUCCCGACAUGCAUAUGGUUACAUAUCAUAAACGGGACAAGAUCGAACGGGUUGUCAAGCGUCCAGGUGCUGACGAGUCAAUGCUGACAGCGUACUUUGACUACAACAGGCUUCAUGAGGAAGGUCGAGGAAUCUUGUACCGUGACUUUCCGGAACAUUAUACUUGGGAGUCUAAUGGUAAAUUUUGGAAACCAAGGAAAAACGCCGUAUACCAGGUCGGGAGAGUCGUAUCGGCUCAUCCGGCUGAGGGGGAAUGCUACUUUCUUCGGGUUCUCCUAAACCAUGUUGCUGGGGCUACUUCAUACAAGGACCUAAGGACUGUUGAUGAUGUGCUCCUGCCCUCGUUCCGUGAAGCUGCGGAGAGGCGAGGCCUAAUCGAAGAAGAUAAUACACUUGAUGAGUGUCUUACUGAAAAUAGUUUGUUCCAUAUGCCAUCCUCGUUGCGUAGGUUAUUCGCGGCAAUAUUGGUAUUCUGCGAGCCGAAUGAUGUGUUUGGGUUGUGGACAAAACACUUUGACGCAAUGUCAGAAGACUACAGGCGCAACAAUGCAAACCCGAUUCUGGUGGAACAGAUGGUUUUGAUUGACAUUAGGAACAUGUUGCAAUCUAUGGGGAAGGAAAUAAGGUCGUUCCCUCUCCCAGGAAUUGACGACGCAUAUGACGAUGCUAGCAGUAUCCCUCGUGAGAUAUUUGAGGAGGCAAGCAUUGAUCAGCAUCAGGAAGAUGUGGGACUAUCUGAUUCCCUAAAUGAUUAG